UUAGCAGCAAGGUCGAGCAUUGGAGCUGUUGCUUGACAUUUUGGAUAAUGUUACUGCAGCCAUGGAGUGCUACCGCAUGUGAACAGCGUGGUUUAGUUACAGUGAAGAUGAGGGGAUUUUUGUUAGGAGUUACUUCUGUCAGUACGCCAUGCUUAAAAAUUUCAGCAGAGUCAGAGUGCUAUAAGUAGAUUUUAGCCUUAGCUGACCUUACAGAGAGCUCGCAUUGUAAACACGACUAGCUGGCAGCAGCUAGCUAAGGCAGAUAUCGACAAAUAUGAGCUCUGCUUCGAAUCACGGAACCGUCAACGUUUCAGAGUCAGGGCUGCCCGGUACACCGGCUCCUUCCCUCACGUUAAGCGGACAUGUCCAGCAGGUGUUCAGCCAUGUGAAGGUAGGAAACCUGAUCGCGGGACUGAGUGGAGGAGUUGUGUCAACACUGGUGCUUCACCCUCUGGAUCUGGUCAAAAUCAGGUUUGCAGUAAGUGAUGGAUUGGAAUUAAGACCUAAGUACAGUGGCAUUUUGCACUGUAUGAAGAGUGUUUGGCAGCAGGAAGGACUCCGAGGACUCUACCAAGGAGUGACACCUAAUGUUUGGGGUGCUGGAGCAUCCUGGGGUCUCUACUUCUUGUUCUACAAUGCAAUCAAAGGCUACACAAAGGAGGGUCGUCAAACUGAAUUAAGUGCCGCAGAGCACCUGGUGUCCGCAGCUGAAGCAGGCAUCUUAACACUCACCAUAACCAACCCGAUCUGGGUAACCAAGACCCGACUUGUACUGCAGUACAAUGCUGACCCGUCCAGGAAACAGUACAAGGGAAUGCUAGAUGCUCUGAUCAAGAUCUACCGCCAUGAGGGAGUUCCUGGUUUAUACAAGGGUUAUGUUCCUGGUCUGUUUGGCACAUCCCAUGGAGCACUGCAGUUCAUGGCCUAUGAAGAACUAAAGAGAGACUACAACAAAUACAGGAAAGUGCAUUCAGAUGCAAAGCUGAAUCCUUUGGAAUAUAUCACAAUGGCGGCAUUAUCCAAAAUAUUUGCUGUGGCCACAACGUAUCCAUAUCAGGUGGUGAGAGCUCGCCUGCAGGACCAGCACAAUAGAUACAAUGGAGUUAUUGAUGUCAUCAGACGGACAUGGAGGAAUGAAGGUGCCAUUGGUUUCUAUAAAGGAAUCAUCCCAAAUUUGAUUCGUGUCACGCCUGCUUGCUGUAUCACUUUUGUGGUUUAUGAAAAUGUGUCUCGUCUCCUGAUGGGACAAAAUAAAUGAGGCUUAAAGUCUGGCAGGGGCCUCUGCAAAGACUCUAAGCUCCCACUGACGUGAUGAGAGAUACAGAGGGAAAGGAGCAGAAUGAGGCACAACUUGGAGUGCUGUGCAUGUGCUAUGUGUGAGGCAUUCAUUUGCACUGAGAGAGCUGGCUGGGCAAAGGAAUCGACAGUGGCAUUUAUUUUGGACUCUUACUGAAUAUGUGCAACAGAAUGGAGCCGGAGAUCAAACUGAUCUUUGAUCUAGAUUCAGGACGAACACUUUGCCUUCUUUGGGAAAAAAGUAUGUUUUUGUCACACCAAAUGACACUCUGCUUUGAUGUUAGUUUUUUUUUCUUCUUUUUUCAUAUAACAUGACGGUCACUUGGUCAGCAUUUCAUGUAUGAGUAGAGGAGGUUGAAAAAUGUGUGAUCAUAGUAAUGUUUACAAUCAAUGUUUUCUGGCAGCAGAAAGGGAGACAUCAAAUAUGAAAGGCAGAUUAUUAGCAGCUAAUUGUUUGUCUUCUCAGGUGUCUUAUUUGCAUGUGUGCAUCAUAUUAGUUUGUCUCUUAUAAAUUAUUUCUUUUUGUGAACACACAGCAACAAAGAAUAUUUUUUUCAAACACAUGAUUACAUGAUUUAUCUUAAUACAUUUUUGGAUUUCAUUAUCCUGAAAAAAAAUGUAACUCCAUUGCUUUACAAAGUUUUAUGAUGAAGUUUAAGCUGUGAUUCAUCUGCAUUGUCAUUGUUUAAUGUAUAUUGUACAUUAAUAAAGUAUU